CCCCUGAUCGACGAGAGUAUUACCAAAAAAACGCGAGGAAAAGUCUGAUGCGCGUUGAAAUCGGAGCGCAAAUCGUGCACUUAUUUUUUUUACACACCGCGCGCAGUGUUUACGACUGAGAAGUGAGACAAAAACACCUUGGCACCGAAAUGAAUGUGAUAUUGUGAUAUAUUCGCUGAUUCGCUGACAACACUAUUUCAUAUUGAAUGCAUUUGAAUUCGAAUGCAGCGUGUGUUUACUUAACGAUUUUCUGUGUUUGUUUGCCCAACUUACGGAGGUGAAAUUGAACAUUUCUGAUUUUCCAUUUUCCACCGCCGCCGAAAGAGAGGAAAAGUGAAAAGUGUUAUUCGACGAAGCGAAACCAGCGAUUCGGAACGCCAAAUCAAAAGAAAAACAACAUAUCCAAAGAUAUGUGUACAUAGCACAUAAAUUGCAGAUUGAGGCCAAUACAAGAGAACCUGAAAUCAACGCAGAUUCUUGACGAGAGAGAGAGAUCAUGAUGGACAGGAGUCGGAGUAGCAGAAGUGCUACUACCACUACUCCAGCUGGCAACCAGUUCGUCAGGCACUGUGGCCUACUGACGACCGCCAUCCUGCUGCAGGCGCUGGUGGCCACGAGUUGGGCCAUCGAGGAGACAUCGCCGCCGGCCGCCCCUCCCAAAAUACCGCCACCGCCCACCGUGAAGCUCAACAAGUGCUGCUCUUCGGGAGAGUAUCUGAACGAGGGCACCUGUAUCGCCGGCACUGAAGCUCUGUGGCUGCCCAUGGUGUACAUGGUGCAGCAGCAACGCUUCUUCGAGCCCCAUGGCGGCAGUCCGCGAUUCCUAAAGUUCCUGCCCAAUACGAUACCCACCUGCCGCAAGGAUCAGACCAUGGAGACCUUCCGCAGUCGGGCAGCAAAUGUGAUGCUCUUUCCCAAUGGCACGCUCUAUGUGCGGGAACGCGCACUAAUGGUCCAGCCGGCGGACUACUGUGUCGACUGGGAUGUGGCCGUCGUCUGCGUAAAUGGGCAGCCCGCCAACGCACUCGAGGAUCCCGAUCACGCAGCCAAUCCCCUGGUGCAGCAGGAGCCGCCAAAGGCCAGCCUGCGACUGAGUAAGUGCUGCGGCAAGUGGGGCAGCUAUAACACUCAGAUCCAGAACUGCGAUCUGCAGUCCAAGCAUCAGGCAGCCGUCGUUGAACAACUCCGACUCGCGCCUCAGCUGCCCGAGGGAAGCUAUGAGACCAGCUACGGCCUGCCCGACUGCGCCCAGCCCGGUGGCUACUCAAUCGCCGGGGAUUGGCAGGAUGCCAAGCUGGAUCGGAGCACGGCCAUGCUCCAGUUGCCGCACAAGAACCUCAGCGCUGGCCAGUACUGCCUGGAGCACACGCAGCGCGAGGGCGAGGUGAAGAUCAUCGCCUGCCAGCAUUUGUUUAGGUCCGCUGCCGAAGCGGGCAUCCCAGCGGGACCCAGUGGAGGCGCCAUCGAGCAGGCCAAUGGCCAGAAUCUGCAGAAGGCUGUUCUAACUGGUGGCAUACUUGUGUCCAUUGUCUUUCUGUUCGCUACUUUGGUGGCCGGCUUCCUGCUGCCCGCUGUGCAUCAUGCGCUUCAUUGGCGCUGCCAAAUCUGCUAUGUCACCUGCCUGCUAUUCGGCAAAAUACUGCUGGCCGUCGAGGAGCUGAGCUCCAGCCUGCAGCCGGGCAGCGCCGCCUGCCACACGCUGGCCAUCACCAUGCAGUUCUUCUUUCUGGCCGCCUUCUUUUGGCUGAACACCAUGUGCUUCAACAUCUGGUGGACGUUCCGGGACUUUCGGCCCAGUUCGCUGGAACGCAAUCAGGAGGCGCUGCGUCGCUAUCUCUACUCCCUGUACGCCUGGGGCGGUCCGCUGCUCAUCACCUUCGUGGCCGCUUGCGUGGAUCAGCUGCCGGAGACGACACUACUGCGUCCCGGAUUCGGACAGCUCUACUGCUGGUUCGACAAUCGCAAUCUCUCGAUCUUCGCGUACUUCUACGGACCCAUUGGCCUGCUGCUGUGCGCCAAUAUAGCGCUCUUCGUGUCCACCACCCAUCAGUUGACGUGCGGUCUGUGGAAGCGGGACGAUGUCAAGUCCUCCUCGGAGAAGUCCGCCCUGGGUCGCGUCUGCCUGAAGCUAGUGGUCGUAAUGGGCGUCACCUGGAUAGCGGACAUUCUCUCCUGGCUGGUGGGUGGACCACAUGGCGUAUGGUUCUUCACCGACCUGAUCAACGCCCUGCAAGGCGUCUUCAUCUUCAUCGUGGUCGGCUGCCAGCCGCAGGUGUGGACCGCCUGCCGCAGGAUCUUCUGUCCGCGCUUGCGUCACGACAUCACCAACACGACCAACGGUGUCCAGCACUCGAGCAGCUCGCAGGGCCUGCCCUCGUUGGCCGCCGGCACGGAGAUCACCCAGAACACCACCACAACCACCACCACCACCACCACCCACAUGCCCAGCAGUCCGGCGGCGGCGGCGGACAGUGGACUGGAGGAUGAGGUACCCGAGAAGGCUCCCAUUGCACCCGCUGCACCCAUCAUCAAAAUGGAGACCGUUUGCUAAACACAACUGAGACGACGAGCUACAAUGCGAAAGUCAGGCCCGGAUACAAAAGUCCAGACCUCGAACGAGCGAAAUAAUGGCAAUGGGCAGCUCAGAAAUAAGAAAGAAAGAAAGAAUGGAAAAAAAACACGAAAAAAAGCUGCCAAAGCUGGAGUUUCGAGACGAGCGGCACACACUUGCGCAAUCGCAGCAACAAAACCAAGCUGACCAGCUAAUUGUGCGAGUGUCCGAGCGAAUGAGUGUGUAUAUGUGUGUGUAAGCGACUUGCGCGUGAUUUUGAAAUCGGCCAACAACCGCUGAGGAACAAAAUGUACUCGGUAUGCCAGUAUUCAACUUCAAUUUGAGCCAGCACAAAAGAAACGUAUUAUUUUAUUCAUCAUCAUCAUCGUAAUCAUAAUCGUAUCGCAUUGCAUCGCAGAGUAACGGUUAAGCAGUUCGGGUCACAUUAACACGUUCUAAUUGGACACUCCGGUCAGUGUUGCGAAAUGGAAUGUGCAGCAAAAGAAACUGGAAUUCAGCCUAGACAAAACAAAGCAGCGCUUUUGUUGCUCUUUCUUCCAAGCACUUUUAGCCAACAGAAACAAAAACAACAGGGCUGUGGGCUGUGCGCCGUAUGUGUGUGCAUCUGUGUGUGUCUGUGGCAACCACAAGGAAUUUUGUGUUGAGGCACUUUUGUUGUUUAGUUUAGAUCGCGUUGCUCUGCUUUUUUUCUGUUUUCUGUUUUCUGACUCAAAUCUCAAGUGUGAGAAAAACAGCAGGCACCCUCCACACACACACACACACACACACACACACACACACGAACACGCAUACACAUAUCGGAUGUUUAACAUUUAAAUUAGCUGCUUCUGAUUUGUAUUUCUCGAUUGACACUGCUUGCAUCCAGUUCUUAAAAUGUGUGUGUGUAUUCAUGUCUUUGACGUUUUUAUUGCCCAAUCACUUUUUUUAUUUGCACUUUACUACUGCAAUGCUGGAAGAAAAACGCUGACUGGAACUAUUUUUAUGUUUGCCCCAUAAUGUUUUUCAACCGAAAAAUUGUUGUAUAUUUUGUUUUUACGGCUAGUGUAAACAAUUGAAAUUUAUUUACUUGAAGGCAUAAACAAAAUCGUUAUGCACACACUCUGAUAGGCGGAAACAAUCAAAUUGAUCAUCGAAAGUUCAACGAUACGUAUCGAUCAAGGUUAAAUGGUAAAAAAUGAAAGCGCGCUAAAUUAAACAAUGAUAAAGCAGUACACACACGCACGCACGCAUUCACACACACACACACGCACAUGCACUUGACUUGCACAAGAUAUUCAGGCAAGCAGUGCAGCUGUCCUGCAUCCUGUUCUUGGGCUCCAAAUUUGAAAUGUAUUCCCCCCCCCCAUUACAAAACGUAUUUUUAAGUAUUUUAGCUCUUGAAAACGCAAAAACUACAAUGCAGUACAAUUAUUAUUUCGCAUUAUAUUUAUUUAAUUUUUUUUUGUAAUUAAAUAAUAUUAAUUUAUUGCUCAAGUUACGAUGGCGCGUUCAACGUGCCUCUGUGACUGUGAAUUGUAUUAUGUAGUAGAACUUCCAAAGUGUUCAGGCCAAAAGUAAUUCUCCCCGAACUAAAGAGCGAUCAUACUAAGAUGCUGGUACGAGUCGUUUGUUUAUAUAUAUAUAUAUUUACAUAUUUGUACAUAUUCAAUAAUGCGUAUUUUCUAUGUAGCUUACAUAUAUGUAUAGUUUUCUUGAUCUAAGCAACGAAUCGAAUAUGAAAUUAUCGAAUGACUGAGACAAAGGCAGCGAAUACUUUACACCAACAUAGAUUUUACAUUUUGAUACUAACUAUUACCUAUUGACCAUUGUAUAUAAACGUAAUUUGUACACACCCUAUUGGCUAAGCGGUUGAUAUAAAAUAUAUACACCUAAAUGUGCAUAAACAACGAUUGUUAACUCGAAUCCCCGUAACGCCACAACGAAUAGCCACUAAGUAUUAGUCCACCCAUUGAUGCUAGGUAUCUACGAAAAACGAAACUAUUGUUAGCUAAAUCUGAACCUUUAACUAAAUCACUAAUACGAUCGAACAAGUCUGCAAGGCAAAGCAAAAUGCCCACUUAGUCAGCUGCUCCACGCCCUCAAAAAGGCAAUUUCGAACGAUUUCCCUCGAGAGGAAGAGUGAGUAUUUUAACGAUAAUUAUCAUAUAAUGUAUGGCAUUCGUAAGGAAUAUAUCAAUAAAUCGCCUUUGGAGGCGUCCGCAUGCCCCUCCCCCUCCAUCCAUAUAUUCAUUGGCUCGCCUCUGUUUGCUAUUAAUUUAUGGCGCAGAGCGGGAACAUUUUAUAGAUAAACAUGCGGAACAAAAUUGUCUGAAAUGGCAAUUAAAUGAAACCGAAACUGAAACUUGGCAUAAAUGUGCAGCUAUACAGAAUAGAUAUAUACAUAUACACAAGAUACCCCGAUAUUCACAAGAACACAACAACAAUGCACCCGCAAUAGUAUAAACACAAUACACGAAUAACGAAUAUAUUGAGCAAACCACCACAGAACUAUUUAUAUUUACAUUGUACCGUACAAUAAAGCUUUUUGGCAAAUAUCAAUGAAACCGAACAAACAAA